UUGUAAACACUUUAUUAACCUUUAAAUUCACCAUAGAUUAUUCGAGUAUAGUAAAUGAUUACAAUGUCGCGCUCGACACGACACUUUUCAGUGUUUGCUGACGUUAAAACGACACGUCUAUGUAGUUGUCAAAACUGUUGUGGGAGCUACAACGUUUCAUUCGGACCCACUGUGUCUCGCUUUGCACUCAAGUGUCACUCCGCCAACCAACUAAGUGCUAGCCUUUUCGGCUGUUGUUACUCUAAAUACCCGAAGUGCACUUUGAAAUACAGCAAUUCACGUCGGAUGUUAUUAAAUUGAUUUUAAUAUAUGUCUAUUGUCAUGGCAGAAAGUGGUAGCAAGUGCUGCUAUCACUCACUUUUUAAGUGUGCGCUCGGCCUGUUGUUAACGCUAGCCACAUUAGCUAGCCAUUAGUUUUGCGUUGAUAGGAAAAAAAAGUUGAUUUCGAGAUUUUAGCCAAUCAGAUUCAGCUGUCGGACGUUAUUGACAGGGUUCGAACCUAUGAGUGCCCUAGAAGUCGCUAACUGACGCUCUCGUGGCCAAUUGCUGAACAGAAUAGGCGGCAUUGUUACGGGAAAAGGCUGGGCUUAUGUACCCGUACGUAGCCAGAGGUAAUGGAGGCUAAAACAGACAAACCUUUUCGACACAGUUAGCGGUGUCUUCACAAAGGAACUAAAGUUUGUGGAACUUUGGGAAUUCAACUUUAAAAUAAUCUUCGUUUAUAUUGCCGAAUAUGUGGAAAAAAGCGCGCUCGUGUAGAUUUUUUGGCGGUAGGAUAUAUUGCGAGAAUUUGGGUUUGCAAGAAAACCUUAAAAAAAAAAGUACUAAUGAUAUCCACAGUAUUGCAAUUUGAACUGCUCAACGCCCCACGAUCCAUGUCUCCAUCCAUGUCAACACCUUCCUGAGAAAUGUAGGUCAUGUUUUUGGCAGAGUUGUGCAUCAUUCCUUCACUAAGAGAAGUGUUAGAACUGAGAAAACUGCACUAUGUCUUGUCCAACCAAAUACAUGCAAUUACUGAAGAGUAAUGCGAGAUGUUUGGAAGUUGGACCCAACACAAAUGUUCUUUGCAGCUUGAAAAUGAAACUUUUUUUUUUUUAAAGUGUAUAUUGCAUGCUUUUAGGCAUUUCUGUUGAUUAGAUUAGUUAAGUAAUGAUUGGCUUGAAAGUGUUGUAGAGUAUGGGUAAAAGCUACUGGCUACAUUUCAAUGUGGUGUUCUUCUUUUUGAAUUUAUAGUUAUAAAUCUAUAUUUGCUUGUUAAAGUUGCAGACCACAAUCAAAUCUACAAAAUGUCUCUGAUUUAAUUUUAGGAAGCUCCCUUGAGUCCAUCCUGUAUUGUCCUGCAUCAACACUGAUUUAGCUUUCAGGCCUUGUUGGUUAUGCAGAAGUAGGAAUAGGAUUUCUUUUGUUCCAUUUACUAAAUCUUGUGCUCACUUUGCUUACAUAAACAAAACACUUUGGUUCUUGCACACACCCAGCCAUAAACCUGGAUGUCCUGUCUCAAAUGCUCACCUCUGAUCCCAUAAUUAUCCAAGCACAUAUUUGAUUUGCAUUUUUUUCUUUCACGGUUUCUUUUUUUAUCCCUCUCCCCUCCAGCCCCCUUUAGUUAUUUUUCUCUUUGUGGGGUCUCCCUACCCUCUGGCAAUUUAAGCCCCAGAUUCCACAGUCAUGGCUGCAGUGCAAGCUAUUAAUACAGUUUGUUUAGUCAGUUUCCUAGCAGGCGGCGUCAAACACUGGAUGGCUGUGGCUGAUUAUAGCUGGGACUUGUUCCCUUACACCUGCUGAGUCGGAGAAAUCCAAGUUAAUGUUGGGACUUUGGCAUCGACUCAAUGAGAGAGACAGAAAUGAGAACGCUUUGAGUGCUUCCAUGUCACCUUGGAUGAAAGGAGGUGAAAAUACUUGAUAUCAAAACCUGUAAUUGAUAUCAGUGAUGUGCAUCAGGACUGAUGUAACGAGUUGACUGAUUAUCUCGCAUGAAAUUGGGGGUCUGCAUGAAGUAGCUAUUUGAGGGUAUAGGAAAACGUUAGUGAGACACUUCUGACAGUCGCAACAUUAAUUUAACUGUAUCAUUUCUACCUGUAAAAAAUAAAUAAAUCUAGGCGGUAAUUACGGAUGGCUUCUUAAUGUGAAGCAAGUAAAAGAUGCUGAAGAAAAGACCUUAACACAUCUGUUUUAAUCAGUUUAAGCAAUUGGUUGGGGCAGCUAUGAAAACAAAUGGUGUUUUCCACCCCUGUCAUCUGGAAUUUAUGGUGGAUUUUCCACAAAAUCAAAUCCCACAUUUCAUGUUGGUGCCAGCCAGCCAAGUUAAUGUCUAGCAUGUCUUUAGUAAGAUGUAAACUUUGAAAUCUGUUCCUACUCCUGAUGCCAGAUGUGUCCAUUUCCUCAAACAGUCCACACCCUCGGUAUAACGAGCUAGAUGGAGUAUCUCGUUUGCAGACACGUCCACCCAAAUAGACUCAGUAGAUUGGAAGCACUUUGUGAGGGGCCUUGCACUGACCUGUUGCCUGCAAGAAAUCAGACUUCUCUGUUUCAUGGGUUCUUUGACGUGUGCAGAGAGGGGCAGCGUUUGCCUGCAAAUAUGAUGCAGACCCCUUUUCUCAUGAAGCAGCGAGACACAACCGUUAGGUUUGUUACAAGCUAAGCUUCACGGGAGAGUGUCUUAUUCCAGCGCAAGGCUUCGGUAAUCGCGCGCUGGCUCAAGGACUGCAGAGGGAGAGAUGGAAGGAGGAAAAUAUACUGACUUCAACAUUGGGAAAACUUUCAGACAUUUAUGCCUCGCCAAAAAAAUGAAUAAUCUGUCCCACUCAAUAAUGUUAAAUGACAUGCACAACACAUGUUAGAGGUACAGCCGAGGUUAAUGUGGUCAGUAACUCAGAAAUAGUGAAAUGCUAAACAUUUUUAAUUUGUCUUUUCUUUCCAGUUUGUCGAAAACCUCUAUGUACUAAGCAACUUUUUAAUUCACAAACAAAUUUUUGCUCAAAAGUAAUGAGACUGCAAUGUUACUACACUCAACAGAUUUCUCCUCUUUGGUUUUUGACCCUACCUGUUGAAAAUUUGUCUAUGCUUGGCUGCAAACAAGAUUCAAAUCCUUAUAUCCCAGGUGAACGUGUUCUUUCAUAACAUCUCUGCCCUGUUGGGCUAUUGACCGGGGACGUCUGGGAAUGUCUCGUGGCUUCUCAUUGGAUGACUUUGGCGAUGUGAUCCCUUGGGCCGUAUGGGUAGCUGUGUGGUGUGGUGUUUGCUCCGGUGCAUCCCGCAGUUGCUCAAUCACCUUAGGAUGUUGGAAGUUGUACUCAUCAGUUUUUGCAUUGUAGUGGCUGCAUUGUCCUGCUGAGUGGGGAAUCGGGCGAGGACGAGUGACGUUACCAUUGUUGUCACACACAAAAAAACCUGCGCUCAAAAUUAAUAUUAAAUUAAGAUACUCGUUUGCAAGAGUAUCAAUGCAAACAGUGGUGUCUUUGCAUCUUCCAGCUGACACACAACUGCAUGCAGCACCAUUGUAGUCAGGCCCACAGCUCCUCCCCUCACUAACAGCUGAAGUAGUUAUUGUCCAUAAUACCGAACAACACUUUAGAAGGAAUUUCAGAGGUCAGUAAAGCUCUAGUUUCAACAACAUUGAAAUAUUAAACAGUUAUCUAACCAGCACACAUGGUAAUGAUAGCUGUUUAACUAUUAGUAAUUGCCCCAUAGCCACAUUAGUAAUAUGUUAUCAUUAACAGAUGAUAGUCGACUGUAGUUAGACAAAAGAUGAAUAAUUAUUGCAGGCUGAAUGGGCUAUUGAGCUGUAACAGACUGGAUUACAGACACAUGGAGAACUGGGCAUUUUGCUGGCUUUUCAGAGCAGUUGGGGAAGCAUAGUUGAACUGAGCAGAGAGUCCAGAGUGUGGAGAACUAAUUGGAGCAAAUAGAGAGUGAAAUCUGGAGCAGUGCAGCAGAAUUGGACGGGUUUCAGUCUUGAAGAGCAGAGCUGAGUAUGUGAAGAGCUGCAGACUGAGGAGCAGUGUGAACUGUAUUCAACAUCUGCUGCCGGCAGAUGUGGACCAGAUGAGAAACCUGAGCUUUUUUUAUUUUAUUUUUAACAAAUGUUUAUCAAAAUCUGUUUCUUGUUUUGUUGUUGCCAGCUGUGAGGUCAGUUUUAAAAUCCAAUCAAAGACCGGUUAGGUCUUUCAGUUUUUGUUCGUGAAGAUAAAUUUCUUUAACCUUCAAAAUCUGUAAUUUAUGGAAAAUUAGUUUAAAAAAAAAAGUUAACUUUUUCACGAUAUCACUACUUUGACAUUAUUUAGUUGCAGGAUGCAGAAAAUCUUGCCUGUGGUAUUGAAAAGGGUAUCGAAUAUUUUUCUGUGUACAAGUGUCGAGUUUGAAAUUCUAGUAUCAUGACAACUUUAGACUGCCUCAAUGCUUAGUUGGUAUGUGUCACAAUAACAUGUAUAAAUGCAUAAUACAUAAAUACCAGGGGCAAGGAUUUUCCAGCAGAAUGUUUUGUUGUAAUGAAAUAAUGUAUAAUGUUAUUCACUUUGCCUGCCAGUGGUUGUAAGGUAGUGCUCAACUGGUCUGGUCUUGAAAGACCUGUGAUUGGCCCAUCGGCUAUAUUUUCUAAAUAUAUGUUUUCUAAAGCUGGAAAACUUUUGCUUUUUGAAUUGCAAUAAACUGAAAGAUAAUUAUGGACUGUCAGUUGAUGGUUAAAAACAGAGAGUCUACCCCGGCUUCAAAUCAGCAUUUUUUUUAAAGUAAAAGUUUAAGAGGUGAAUCACAAAAGACAUCCUAGGGCUUGUGUUAAAUCACAAAAGUCUGACAACAUUUUUGCUCAAGAGCUGGAGAACAUUGAGUAUAAUAUAUACAGUAUAUUACAUAAAUACCAGUGAGUGGCUUUAUUUUUCCUUUGUGUACAUGUUGGUUGUGUCUGCGUGUGUACAUAACAAAGUCCUCGAUGCAGUUGGUGUAUUUUCAGUGGGACAGUGUUGUGUAAUAGCUGCCAGACGUCACUCUGGGCCAGCUGAGAAUGCUAAAACAUUCAUGUCCGUUGCCUCUACCCCCUCCCCCCUCCCCUCCAAUUUCCCGAUUUAAAUUUAAUGAGUUAUUUUUCUAAACUUCCCAGUUUGUCUCCACGUGCAGUGUUGUUCAGCUGUGCAGAGCAGCGCAGGGUGGGGGUGGGUUGGUGGCAUUAGAGAUUGAAGCAGUAUGCUUGCAUUUUUUUGCCACUUCAGAAGAAGAAAACAAAUAAAACAUGCACGUAUUUAACUCUCAACAACAGCAUUUAAUAAGAAGGUGAGAGGGGUGUUGUGUAUAACUUUUAUUGGAAAGCUUUUUAGGUUUUUUAGUAGAUUAGAAGGGCCAACAGUGCUGCCCACAUAUGCCUCUAUUUUUACUUACUUUACAAAAUACUGUUAAUACUGUGUUAAUAGUACACUAAAACUAAAAUCCUGGGGCACAUUUAUUAGAAGUUAAGAAAUACAAAACGGCGUGAUUAUGCCCUGAAAUAUUUUUGAAAUAAUGGUUAUCUUUUGAUGAACUUUUUUAUGUUUAAUGUCUUUUUUUUGUAAGUCAUGUUAACAACCAGCUAGCAAAAGGUAGCUACACUCUAACAAUAUAUACAUAUUGGUAAAAAAAAACAAACUAUACAUAAUUUAAAGUACUUACUAAUAUAACAAUAAACUGUGGUUAAAUGUUCAUGUUUCAAAAAACUUGUUAGUUUUAGCUAUGUCAAAUUACCUUAAAACUCUUCAUCCUGCUUCUCAGGAGCUGAACCAUCCACCUUAAGAUUGCAAAAUUUCAUAAUAUUUAAAAUAUAAGUAUCAGAUGUUCAUUUAGAAGUAGUAAGAUGACCUGGAGAACAAAAUGAAGCGAGGUCAAUGGGAAUGUGUCCAGUGCCAGAGAUCUGUUGUGUGGAAACACAUGAAAACCUUCAUAAAGUGAAUGAGGAGGUACUUAACCUUAGAUUGCAUGUGCGUGCACAGAGAAACAGCUGACUCAGAGAGCGGGAAACAUUGAAUGAGGGGUACGAGAAGGGGAGGGGAGGCAAGGUGGCAGAGAGGUGAGGAGAGAGUAGUAAUGAGAGAAGGAGGCAUUGGAAGUGAGGAAAAACGAGACAGGGAAAGAGAAGGAGACGGAGAUGUCUUUGUGUAAACGGUAGCGGCCGUCCUCUCGUGUAAGCAGGCUCCUCAUUGGCCAGCCCGAAGCCCCCGUGUGUGUGAAGGAAGUAUCACCAGGGAAACUUCUUCUCGCUGCCACUGUGCGUGUUUUCCUCCUUGCCAGGGUUAUUUUUAAAUACCAUUCGGCUUCCUGCUCAGACUAAAGACUACAAGCCACAGCAUCUCUGUUUUGUUGUUUUCAGGAUUUUGCCAGUACACACACCAACAACAAAAAAAAAGCUGCAACAAUGUUCUCUUCUUCUCCUCUACCACAGUUACAUUGCAGGCUCUUUGCAAAAAUGGGGGACGACCGACCUUUUGUGUGCAGUGCUCCUGGAUGCGGACAGAGGUUUACCAACGAGGACCACUUGGCAGUACACAAACACAAACAUGAGAUGACGCUGAAAUUCGGACCAGCCAGGACUGAUUCGGUCAUUAUUGCAGACCAGACACCUACUCCCACUCGUUUCCUAAAGAACUGCGAGGAGGUUGGCCUGUUCAAUGAGCUGGCCAGUUCCUUUGAACAAGAUGAUGAUGAGAAGAGGGCCAAGAACUCUCUCCCUGCUUCCAACUCAGUGGCUUUGGACAUGAGCCUGCAGACACCAUCAGAGGUGAAGGUGAAACAGGAGGCACCUGUAGAAGUCGACUCUUCACCCCCAGACAGCCCUGACUCCACAUCUGGGAAGUCGGACAGCAACAGGGAGCCUCUAGUUAAAGGAAAGGACACACCACCCAGGAAUUCAGCCCCUACCCCGACUAUUGUGCGUCCAGGUUCCCUCCCACUACAUUUGGGCUUUGAUGCUCUGCAGCCCACCAUGCCAUCACCCACUUCCGUCAUCACACAGGCUCCACCCUCAAAUCGUACUUUGGGUUCACCGACGAGCCAUUACCCUAUGAUGAUGCUUCCCUCUGGUCAGGCAGUGCCUGUGCUGCCUGGUCCUGUUCAGAUGCCUUCUGUCAUUAAUCUGGCUCGACCCAUGUGCAUGGUACCCAACAUUCCUGGGAUCCCUGGUCCUCCUCUGGGAGGCAGCAGCAGCGGCUCCAACUCCCCCUCUGGCUACAGCAUCCACUCAGAGGCCAAGAUGCGUCUGAAGGCUGCGCUGCAAAGCCCGUCAGGACAGAGUAUGGGGAUCAUGGCCAUGGGCAGCAGCCCCAUGGUACCUCAGAAGGCAGAACAGAGUCAGCUGCUGGUCCAGCAGCCAGACGCACCAUCACCUGCACAACCUCAGGUAUCUCCAGCACAGCCUACAGGUGGGCGUCGACGGCGGACGACAGACGAUGACCCCGACGAACGAAGGCAGCGUUUCCUCGAGAGGAACCGGGCGGCAGCAUCCCGUUGCAGACAGAAACGCAAACUGUGGGUCAGCUCCCUAGAGAAGAAAGCCGAGGAGCUCAGCACUUUGAACGUCUCACUGUCGAAUGAAGUGUCUCUGUUGCGUAAUGAGGUGGCUCAUUUAAAGCAGCUGCUGCUGGCCCACAAGGACUGUCCUGUAACCACCUUACAAAAGAAGACUGCCUACUUAGCUGCAGACGAGAGCAUGAAAGACAUGUCAGAGCCUACAGGUUCCCCUGCCCCGGUGAUUCAGCACAGCUCUUUGGCGCCUAGCCCUUCUACGGGGCAAAACGGCCUGAGCUCAAGGGCAGCAGCUGAGGCUAUGGCCAUGUCAGUGCUGGCAGGAAUGGGCCAGCAGCAGAGAGCUGAGAGCGGACCCUCUCACAUUAUCAUGGCUGCACAGUCUCAAUCUGCUGCCAGAUGAUGAGCGAUGCCACCAAGGCCCACACUUGGCUCAUCACCCAGGGUAGAAAAGACUCCCACCUCCCAGGUUCCCUCAUUUUUAAAUUCAGAAUUUCACAUCUUCUCCUCUGCCCCCCCCCUCCCCUCUGUGGUCUUUCUAACCCUCCUGGGGAGCCAUCUUGCUGGGGCCUGGAGCUCAUCAGCAGCCUUCUGGGAAAGGACUGAGACUUUUAAGAGAGCUUCCUGUUAACUUUGCCAUAGACUACAGGGGCUGGACUCCAAUACCCCCUCCCCCCUGUUUCCUCCUGUGCGUCCCUACUCAACUGUCCUCACCCUCAGUAAUAAGGACUCUUCACUGGACUGUAGGACUGCAUCAAGUAUACUGCCAUAACGAUCUUCCCACGUGGACACGUGCCGCACAGGUGUUUCGUAAACUUUUUGUUUUGUGUGUGUGAAUCAAAUCCGAUAUAAACAGCACACAGGGCUCUACACUUUUUCCAGCAGGGAACAGUGCCUUGUUCUCCUCGUCACUUUAGCCUUGCACGCACACCCACACAUGCCAUCACAGAAUGCCUCCCUAUACAUCCUCAGCUCCAAAGAUGCGAAAGUUGUCUAGAAUUCUCUGACUCACAUCUCAAUUAUUCACUCAGACCUUUAGUAAAUGGUUCUCAGCCACAACACGAUCUCAACCUAGACCCAAAAACCUUACCUCAUGUACACCCCUUUAUGAUAAAGUGUAUUAACUGUGUGUGUGUGAUUGUAUAUUUAUGUACAUCAGAACAUAGCAGUUUGCCUACUCCUGAUCUGAUGCAUUAUUAGCUAGAUUGUUAGCAUGUGACUUUUCUAAUAGGGUUUUUGAUACAGUAUGUGCAGCUAUAUUUCUUUUAACUAAUUGGCACGUCCUCCCAGAUUGACCCAUGUAACCAAAAUUAUGUUAGAUUGCGAUUUAAAAAUAAGUUUGUUGGAGCAGAUUUUUUUUUUCUGACCUGAAGGGAAUUGAACUUUUUCCACCUUUUCAUAUUUCCUGAAACAGGCAGGUGGUUUAUUGGUGUGUAAAUGGAUGCCUUUUUCCAUUUUUACAUGUAACUGUUCUGGUGACUGUGUUUUCUCCGUGUGUGGGCCCUGCUGGACUUACUGUAACUGUUAUUUUCACACUUUUCAGGAUGGUUGCACAUCCUUUGCUGCUCGUUUGAAAAUGCUAUGAACCCCUUGUUCUGUAUGCUCUCUACCAAACCGAAACUAAGCCAUAAUGGAUCUCUCCAAAGACUAUCUGGUACUUGUCCUGGGACAGAAGUGAAUACCCUGACUGUUAUUUUGUGAUUCAGAGGUUGCAGUGGCACUAUGACAGUAUAUCACUGCUUGUAACUUGCACUUACACACAGUCUUUCACACAGUGUUUGAUCAUUUUGCCUUAAGAUCACAUUUGUGCCUCCGAUACCCCCCCUCACAUAAAUAUAUACAGAUUUGCUUGUAUGGGGGCAAAAAACAGCUCUAGAGAAUUAUAUUAGUCAGUGUAUAUAAAUUGGGAAAAAAUGAACAUCAAUAAAUAUAACAUUUAAUUAAUAAACAAAGCUUUUUGAGGCCUUUAAGUAAAUAAAAAGUGUCUUUUUAGAAUAUUAUUAAAAUAUUGAAGUACUUGUCUGUCAUCUGGUGGAGAGACGGAGCAAAAACAUCUCCAGUGGUCAGAGCUUUAAGGGCAGAAGACGAGCUGUCUUGUGACUGUUUCUGAAAGGCUCUAGUUCUUUUACAAUAUCCCCCAGAUGUUUUAUCCAGAUAUCGAUAUAUUUUUACAUGAAUGCUCAAAGUGGUUUGCUUUUUUUUCCCCUGUCCCUCUUUUGCCCUCUUUCUUAAUAUUUUCGCGAGAUAUGAUAUUUCAAAAACAGGAUAUGACUUAUUAACAUAAGGACAUUUAUGCACUAAAGUAAUGCAGGUUAACUAUUGCUUUGUAUUUCUGUUCAAUUUACUUUCUUUUCUUUUUUUUUCUUCAGAGAUAUCCGAAUGUUUUUUUUGUUUUUUCUUUAAUGAUGGUUUUCUGUUAUCUGUACUGUAUACACAAAUGGGAAUUUGCUGAGCAACUUUAAUACCUUUUCCCUUUUGACUGAACCUCUCCUCCUACAGUCUCAACGGCGACCUCGGCAAUUUGUGUAAGUUGCUGGCAGUCAAAUAGACGAUUGUUCAUUUGAAAUGAAAAUUCAAACUGCAUUUAGCUUUUAUGUUUUCUUGUGUUCUUUUGUUGCGUGCUGUCUUUAGCACCACACUCUUCAUCAUAACGCUUCUGAUUGCGCUGAUGAAUAUAGAGUAAUUUCUUUAACACAACGAUUUGUGUUUUUGUUGGUUUGUUUUCUCAACAGAAAAAUGGACUUGUGCUUUUUGUUGUUCUUUUUUUUCUUUUAAAAGAAAUUUUACCCCCUCUUUUUCUUUUCUUCUUUUUUUUAAUACCUUUUAACAAUCGGUCGUGUCUUUUGAGCUUCGUUGUCUAACUUAUUGUUUAAAUUGGUCAAAUAACAAUAAUCUUUACAGUCUUUGGCCUGUUAACGAUGGGCCAGACUUGUUCUAAACAUAGCAAUUUAGUGGGAAAUACAGUAAUGUGAAAAUUACACAUAGUGUAUUGAUGGUUUUUCACACUCCCUUUGUUGGACUGAUAAUUUCUAAAAUUGUCCUUGUAUUGUACAUAUCUGUACUAUAUGAAUAUAUUUACUUUUCCAUGCAUGUCCAAGAGGAAUACCAUGAACACUUACAGUGCUGCAGUUUUAAUUAAAGAAACUACAUCAUAAUGAA